AGGGUUAUAAUAUGCUUUCCACGUCCAAUUUGAUUUUAACAUGUUCUGACACUCAUUCAAUAAAUAGAAAGAGAGUGAAUUGAAAACUUUCGCACUUCUCUAUAUUUAAUUAGCCUUCCCUUUCAAGUGAUCGAUUGUCCCUGUGUUUUUCAGUUUUUCUUCUAUAUAUCACUCUUUCUCUCCAUCAGGUACACAACAAGCUCAGCAAUUCAAAAUGAAGAUUCACUUCUUCUGCCUUCUAUUGUCACUCUCAUCUUUCCAUGUUUCUCUAGCAAUAACCACUAUCAGCAAAGGAACCCCACAACAAACACAAGAAAAUUCCAAGCAGAUAGUAAACCCUUUCAGCCCCAAAGCCUCUCUCAUUCGUUACUGGAACAAACACAUCUCCAACAAGCAGACAAUUCCUCAUUUUCUUCUCUCUAAAGCUUCCACUCUCACUCCACAACAAUAUGCAACUCUCAUGAACCUCCUCAACCAAAAACAACAUAAACCCUUCUUCUCUUAUAAGGAGCUUCACAACUCCCUAUGCACCACACCAAACUUAUUAUGUUCCUUCGACGAGGACCAAAACCAAAAUGACUCAAACAUUACCAAAGCCGGCCGCGGUGACGCCGACUUCACCAUCUAUUCCAACAAACGCUUCUCCAACUACGGCUCCUCCCGAGCCGGCGGGUUCAACACGUUCAAGAACUACUCGAACGGGCUGAACACCAACCGCGACUCGUUCAAAAUUUACAGCGCCGCCACAACCCGCCACGGCGACCAGUUCAAAAGCUACGCCGAGAACGGCAACAUUGCCAACGCCAACUUCACCAGCUACGGCGCCGGCGCCACCUCCGGUUCCGGCGACUUCGCCAGCUACGACAAGCUCGUCAACGUCCCCAACCUCGGCUUCACCACCUACUACUCCGCCGCCGCAAAUCACAAGCUCUCGUUCUCCAGCUACGGCAACGAAACAAACUCCGGCUCACAAUCAUUCACCAGCUACGGCAAACGCGUCCGCGGCGGAACCAGCGAUUUCACAAACUACGCCGCCGGAUCCAACAUUCUGCAAUCCUCAUUCACCGGUUACUCUGAGUUAGGAUCCGGAAAAACGAACGAUUCGUUCAGAUCCUACAGUUUCAACGGCAACAACCCCCGCAACAGCUUCAAAAGCUACGGCACCGGAUCCACCUCCGCCACCGACACAUUCGUCAGCUACCGGAACCGCGCCAACGUCGGCGACGACACGUUCCAGAGCUACGCCGGGAAAUCAAGCUCCGGCGCCGCCACGUUUGUGAACUACGGCCAGUCGUUCAACGUCGGAAACGACACAUUCACCGAGUACGGGAAAGGCUCUUCCGGUAAGACCGUGUUUGGGUUCAAGAUUUACGGGUUGGGACGCGCGUUCAUAGGGUACAACAAGCAAGGCGCGUCGUUUUCUGCGUACAGCAAUUUCAGCGUGACCAGUGGCAGAGUUGUAAAUAGAUGGGUUGAGCCGGGUAAAUUCUUUAGGGAGUCGAUGUUAAAAGAAGGGAAUGUGAUAGUUAUGCCAGAUAUUGAGGAUAAAAUGCCUCAAAGGUCGUUUUUACCCCUGGCAGUUACGUCAAAAUUGCCGUUUUCGUUGUUGAGGCUCGGAGAAAUGAGGGAGAUUUUCCACUCGAGGGAGGGAUCCGCAAGUGAGCGCGUGAUUGUUAAUGCGCUGGCGGAAUGCGAGAGGUUGCCGAGCCGUGGCGAGACAAAGCGGUGUGUUGGGUCGCUAGAGGAGAUGGUGGAGUUUGUUGUCUUGGUGGUGGGUCGCAAUGCGGUUGCGAGAGCCACCGAGAAUGUGAAGGGUUCGAGGAAGAACGUGAUGAUUGGGAGGGUUUAUGGUGUGGAUGGUGGAAAAGUGACGAAGUCAGUUUCGUGUCACCAGAGUUUGUACCCUUACUUGCUGUAUUAUUGUCACUCUGUCCCCCAAGUGAGAGUUUAUGAAGCUGAAAUUCUUGACGUGGACACCAAGUUGAAGAUUAAUCAUGGGGUUGCCAUUUGUCACCUGGACACGUCAGCGUGGGGCCCAGAACAUGGAGCUUUCGUGGCACUUGGGGCUGGACCCGGGAAAAUUGAGGUGUGCCACUGGAUUUUCCAAAACGACAUGACGUGGACCACUGCCGAGUGAGAAGAAACGAAGGUUUUUGUUUACCGUUAGUAGCAGCAGCACACGUUAGAGAAUUGAAUGAUCUAAUAGAGUGAAACUGAGACCACAUUUGUGUUGUUUUUAGUGGUUUGGAAUUUGGACUCUUGUGCGGUCAUGCCUCAUGAUCGUGACAUUUUUUUUUGUUAUUUAAUAAUUUGUUGUGCCUUUGAGAAAUCUAAAAUGUUUGUUUGAUAGUGACUAGUAUGUUCGUUUUGGACACGCCUUUUUUUUUAAUGUAAUAGUGUAUAUUAAAAGACGUGAAUUGGCAUUCAGGUGACAAAUUAAGUGGAGAGGUCAAGAGAAUCUGUGGAGGGCUUUCCCCUUUAUGGGACUGCAUUAGAGAAUGAUUUCAAGGUUCUGAUGAUGGGAUGAUGGUGCCAUGGUGGUAUGGUGUUGAAUGUUGUAUUGUUACUGUAUGACUUGGCUUUCUGUUUGGAUUUUUUUUUAUAAGCAAGUGAAAUAUAUUGAAGAGAAGUACAAGGGGUA